AUGUCAGGACGUUUCGGUGACGAUCUCCUGACCGGCCGGAACGGCAACGACGAAAUCUGGGGCGGAACGGGAGACGACACGCUCUACGGCAACAAUGGCAACGACAUCCUCUUUGGAUCGGGUGGUCCGAGCCUGGUCCAGGUGACCUCUGUCGAAAUUACUGACGACCAUCCGGUUUCCGUGGUUUUUGAAGGCGAAACAGCGGGUUACCGCAAUACCUUCGGAUACUACAAGAUCACGGAAGAUGGCACGAUCACGGACGUUGAAUUCAUCUGGCCGAAUGCAUCGCUGCAAGGCAGCGGCGGCAAUCUGAUCCAGGGGGAAUCGCGCGAAUUUCUCGAUGUCGGCGCCGGCGAUCGAAUCGCAUUUUUUAUCGUUUCCAACGGCUAUAGCCGAAAUGGCGGCUACUCGCAUCUCGACCUGGAAAACGGAACUCUCGAGUUCCAGAAUGCCGAUGGCUCGCAAGCAUCGCUCACCAGUGACAGCCCGCGGCUCUACCAUAUUGCGUCGGACGGCACGAAGACGCUCGUUCAAUAUGACCCCUAUCACACGUCCGCCCACGGCGACACGGUCAACCUGAAUCCGGACAAUCUCCUGCACACGACCGGCGUUCUGAAAACCGAUGCAGGAACCUUGACCCUGGGUUUUGAGGAUCUUUUCAACGGGGGAGACCGCGACUUCGACGACAGUGUUUUCACCGUCGACAUCGGCCUUGCCAAUGCCCUUGUCCUGAACGCCCACUACAACACGGCUUCCGGUGGCACCGAUCCUGACCCCGGCAACGGAGGAGACACGCCGGUUAUCGAACGCACCGACAAUGACUUUCUGCAUGGUGGUGCCGGUGCCGACGAGCUUCACGGUCGAUCCGGCGAUGACUGGCUCUAUGGGAACAACGGCAAUGACGAGUUGCAUGGCGGCAGUGGCAACGACCACCUGUACGGAGACUCGGGCGAGGAUACGCUUUACGGCAAUUCCGGUAAUGACACGCUCUUUGGGGGCCAGCAGAGUGACGAACUGAACGGCAACAAUGGAGACGACACGCUUUACGGAGAAAGCGGCAAUGACACUCUGAAUGGUGGAACCGGAAACGACACGCUGGAUGGCGGGAACGACGAUGACGUGAUCAUCGGCGGUUCCGGAGACGACGUGAUGCUGGGUGGUUACGGCGAAGACACCCUCAAGGGUGGUGCCGGAAAUGACGAACUUCGCGGCGGCCACAACAACGACAGGCUCUAUGGCGGUCAUGACGAUGACACGUUCUUCGGAGACGCCGGAAACGACUAUAUGCAUGGUGGCCGUGGCAACGACACCGUCGACUACACAGCCUAUGACGUCGAUCUGUCUAUCCUUCUCCACAACAAGAAGGCGCAUGGCCUGGAGAUCGGGACAGACACAUUGCAUUUCAUCGACAAUAUCAGGUCCGGAUCCGGCAAUGAUAUUUUGAAAGGUACGUCGGGCGUCAAUGUCAUUGAUGGCGGUGCAGGCAAUGACGCAAUCCGAAGCCUGGGUGGCAGUGACACCCUGACUGGCGGAACUGGCGUGGAUACCUUCAUUUUCCGCAGCUACGAUCUGAGUGGUCUCGAUAUCAUCACCGAUUUCAUUGUCGGCACCGAUCUCUUGGACUUCAGCCACCUUGCAGGCAGCGAUAGUGAUGAGACGUUUCUGGACAAGCUUCAGACAACGGCGUCGAACGGCGAUACGCAUCUAUCGGUCGAUCUGGGAGGUGACGGAACCUAUCAGGACAUCUGCACCUUGCAGGGGGUAGGAGAUCAGUCUGUCCAGUUUCUUUACGACAGUGACUGCUUCAUCUUCUGA